AUGUUGUUACACGCCUGUGCUCUACUGUCUGGAUGUGAGCCAGUCACCACUUCAUGUGUACACAACUUCUCCACGGUCUGUGUCGAAGCUACCUACCAGACCUCUCACUGUGAGACUCACUUGGAGCCUCAUCAGAUAGCCCCACCUUUAAAGAGACACAAACUGAUCGACCCUGUGGAGAACCUGGAAGACAGGAUGUGUAAGAAACAUGACAGACUCCUGGAGCUGUUCUGUAGGACCGACCAGACAUGUGUGUGUCAGUUCUGCACUGAAACAGACCACAAGACUCAUGACACUGUCCCUACAAAGGAAGAGUCUGGAGAGAGGAAGGCUCAGCUGGGGAAAACUGAGGCAGAAGUGCAGCAGAUUAUCCAGGAGCGACUGCAGAAGGUUAGAGAUCAAACUCUCAGCAAGAGAGAGACAGAGAGGGAGAUAGCAGACAGCGUGCAGGUCUUCACUGCUCUGGUGCGCUCCAUUGAGAAAAGCCAGUUGAGCKUGGUAAUUGAGGAGAAGCAGAAAGCARUAGAGAGGCAGGCUGAAGGGCUCAUUAAAGAGCUAGAGCAGGAAAUCACUGAGCUAAAGAGGAGAAGCACUGAGCUGAAGCAGCUCUCACACACUGACGACCGUCUCCAGCUUCUCCGGAGCUUCCUAUCCCUAGUGUGCACCCCUCCACUCACCAAGGACUGGUCUGAGAUCCGGCCCCUGGACCCUGAUACAGCACAUCUAUAUCUCAUCCUGUCUGAAGAUGGAAAACAAGUAAGAUAUGGAGACACACCACAGAAUCUUCCUGACAAUACAAAAAGGUUUUAUCAGUAUCCCAUUGUCCUUGGAAAGAAUGGCUUCUCCUCAGGGAKAUUUUACUAUGAAGUGACGGUUAAGGGGAAGACUUCAUGGGUUUUAGGAGUGGCAAGAGAGUCCAUUGACAUGAAGGUGAAUAUCACACUGACACCUGAGGAUGGACUCUGGACUGUGAUGCUAAGGGAUGGAAAUGAGUACCAAGCCUGUACCUUCCACUCUAUCCUCCUCUCAUUGAGAGAGAAGCCCCAGAAGGUGGGGUUGUUCGUUGACUAUGAGGAGGGUCAGUUCUCCUUCUAUGAUGUGGAGGCCAGGUCUCAUAUCUUCUCUUUCACUGGCUGCACCUUUACAGAGACACUCUAUCCAUACUUCUGCCCCUCUGAUAAUGAUGAUGGUGAG